CACUGAAACUAGAGAUACCCCUUUUUCAAUACAUUUGAACCAAAUUUGUGUUUUUUUAAAAGAGAAGACCCCCCCAAUGAUCAUGUUUUAUUCUCUGGCGACCCCCACCAUACUUGAAGGAAACUGCAUCCUGAUGUCAUCCUGACAACUUUUUGCUUCUUGAGCUUUGGGUUUCUUUUUGCGGCUUGAUUUUUGCAGCAGUGACCAGAAGCAAGUCAGACCAUGAAGCCGCAGCCGGUUUUCUGACUUGUCCCGGCCACCAAACCCUUCGGGACUGCUCUGAUCCGUUGGACAAACGUCUGAGACUUUUAUGGGCUGCCACACCGACGUCAGGCAUUGCGCUUCACCGUGAAGAUGGCGGAGGCUGCAGAGACACCACAACACCGGUUUUUCUGUCACUGCUGUAAAUGUGAAACUAACCCCAAACUCCCGGAUUUCGUUUGCCCCAGAUGUGACUCUGGCUUCAUUGAGGAGGUGACAGAAGACUCCAGUCUCCUGCAGGACAGCACAUCAGUGACCAGCGAGGAUUCAAACUCAUUGUUCUCAGACUUAUGGCAGCUGCUGUUUAUGGAGCGCUCUGCUCUGCUGUCGCAUCCGCCCUCCUCAGAGUCCGACCCAGAUGACAGCGAGCAGGUAUCUGCAGGUCAGAGGCGUCCUUCUUCAGUGUCGCCAGGCGCCGCUGAGGGCAGAGAACCAGUGUCUCCCUCCCAGCCUCAACAAGAGAGGUCGUCCAGGCCUGAACAAAGGCCUGCAGUGGAAGGGAUCGUGCAGCAGUUCUUGUCCGGCCUGUUUGCCAACAAUGGAAACCCUGGUGCUGCACCAGCUGCACUAUCCAGUAUGCUACAGUUGUACGCAAACCCUGGAGAUUAUGCGUGGGGUCAGGGAGGUCUGGACGCUGUUAUCACAGAGUUGUUAGGGCAGUUGGAGAACACAGGUCCACCCCCUGCAGAAAAGGAGAUGAUCUCAUCCCUGCCAACAGUUUGCAUCUCUCAAGAACAGACAGACUGCAGACUGGAGUGUCCAGUUUGCAGGGAGGAGUAUUCAUUAGGGGAAUCUGUCAGGAAGCUGCCCUGCCUCCAUUACUUCCACAGUGAAUGUAUAGUGCCUUGGCUGGAGCUGCAUGAUACCUGCCCAGUGUGCCGAAAAAGCCUUGACGGUGUCGACAGCAGCCUCCCGCCCACGUCAGAACCCCCAGAAGCCCGCUCCAUCAGGACAGAGCAACAGGAGAGGCAGGCAAUCUGAGAAGAAACUCUACUUCCUUUACUGUUUUCAAGAGACACGCUUCUCUCCUCAGACCUUUCCCUGCCACAACGACUGCUUUUAAAUAAAAUACAUUACGUUACUCUCACUCGAUUCACGCAUCUCUGCCAAGGACCUUUAUGUUUUCUACUGCAACAUCUUCUUUAAGCUACAUCACACAUAAAAAAGGACCCUGCAGUUUGCUGAGUGCGGAGGUUGAUGUGUCCUUCUCGCUACACUGCCCUCUGAGGUGGAUUUCUGAAUGACUGACUUUGAUGUUAUGAACUAAUCACCACUGAGCUGCCAGUUGGUGUCAAAAUGACGGGAAUUCACAGAGUUAUGAAGUAACACUUGCAUUAAGGCUCUUAGUAAUGCAGUAGAUUUUGUGGACGUUUUUCCACCCAAUCUGAUUCAGCAUUGAUCUCCUCUCUACUUAAAGCUGUUAUUAAAGCCUAACCUUGUGA